UAGACUCGAACGCACCGCGGCUGUGUUCCUUCCUGCAGUGUCCCGUCGGAGGACAGUGGAACACUCCCGGGAAUCACUCUCUGCCAUUUUGAACAUCCGCGUCCGUCAAACUUGAAGCGAUGUCCACGAACGAUGCACUCUCUCGGUGAACUCAUGAGACAAGGUUUCAGUGUUGACACAACAAAGCAGCAGCUGUUGGUUUGAAGUGCCAUCAGCCAUGUGCUCUACCAAUCACUCCAACUGGGUCACAUUUGAAGACGACAACACACCCCUGUCGUCCCCACAGAAGCCCCGACAGUCGCCUGGGUGUAUCAAAGAGGCAUUACCGCGUCCCAACGGUCUCAAAUUAGGGCUUCCUUCUAUCAGAGACACUUCCCAGAGCCUCAACAGCUCUCUGGAAUCUCCUCAAAGCCAGUCAGGUGUCAGUUUAGGUUCUGGUGUUCCAUGUAACUCACCUCUUCGCACCCCAUUGAGUGGUGUUCGGAGCAGCGCAUCUCCAUUUUGCUCCAACACCCGGGGGAAAAACAAUUUCCAGAGUUUCACCAGCUUAUCUCCAACUUCUCUUUCUUCUCCUGGACAAGAAUCCCCAAACUUAAGCUUAGAUGGACCAAACCCUUUCCUUACUUUCCAAAAGAACUCUGGACACUUUAACCCUUUUUGGAACACCUCUGGACACAGCGUAGAUGUUGACAGCUCCUCUUCAGACUCUGAAACCGAAAAUACUCUACCACGUUUCUUUAUACGGACCAAAGAUGGCAGCGAGCCUCCACGCGAUCACCUUCAGAACACGCUGUCCUUUGUUUGCAACAAACUUGAGGACCUCCAAACAGAAAGCGAUCACAACGCAGAGACAGAAAGACACGAAAGAGCUAAGAGUUCCAAAUCUGAGGUGAUAAGCAAGAGUCCUUCUCGGUUUGUCCCCCGCGGUUUAUUUCGUAGCCAGAAAAGGGAUGGAUGGCCUGUUAUGCUGAGGAUUCCAGAGAAAAAGAACCGCAUGUCUUCAAGACAGUGGGGUCCCAUUCACCUUUGCUUGUUACCAGGAGGUGUUCUGCAGAUGUACUAUGAGAAAGGGCUAGAAAAGCCUUUUAAAGAGUUCCAGCUCCUGCCUCAGUGUCGUCUCUCUGACCUCAAGCUAGAAAGCUAUGGCGAGCCCCGCAAAGUCCUCACAGUGAAGGUUGAACAUUUCUCCUACAUAGAAAAGAAACGCUACCACCCCAAGCUGGAGGUGAAUCACGAAGCUGAAGUCGAGCAACUGCUCAAGUUUGGCUCCACUGUACACGAAGACAUGGAGGACCUGGUGGUCUCCAUAGAAGAGGAGAUCUUCCAACUGUCCAUGCUCCACCAGUCCAGGCGGCAUUACGAGGAGCAGGAGCUAUCUCUGCAGAUCACCGACCACAUUUGGGUACAGCUGGAUAGGUUUGGAGGAGUCAUGGAGCGCACUGCCUUCACUCAAAUUCACUGUCUCGCCUUCCUGAACGGACUGGACAAUUGUUUUCUUGCUCUGAAUGACCUCGGCCUGUUGCGCUCAAAUGCAAGCUAUGGCUCUGAAGACGACGGAGAGCUCUGGAUGGAGAUCACAGACUGUCACCUUCACAAAUGUGUGAAUGAGACUGAGUUUCAGAGGUCGCGACUAAUAAAGUUUGGUCCCCCAGAGGCAUGUAGGGUGGAGCUGAUGCGGUACAAGACAACAUUUUUGGGAUGCACAGAAAUCCCUUUUUCUAUUAAAGCGGUAGUCACUGUUCAAGGAGCUUACGUGGAGCUGCAGGCCUUUCUUAACAUGUCAGAAACGUUUCUUUCCUCUGUGGGGGUGUCAGACACAUACCCGUUGUGUGAGAAUGUCGUGGUUCGAGUGCCGGUGCCGGGCAACUGGGUCAAAGUGACACAAACAGUGGCGUUGCUGCGCCAGAGGUCGCUGAAGGCCCGAAUGAACAGAAACGCCUGUUUGGGCUCCUUCAGCACUGCUGAUUCACAGCCUGUCAUGCAGGUGUCAGUUGGCACUGUCAAGUACGAGAACGUCUACUCUGCUGUCGUCUGGAGGAUCGACAGACUCCCUGCUAAGAACACAGCAGUCAACCAUCCUCAUUCGUUCUCCUGCAAACUAGAGCUGGGAUCUGAUCAGGAAAUCCCAAGCGACUGGUAUCCUUUUGUCACCAUGGAAUGUGAAAUAACGGGUGCCGUUGUGUCACAGACCAGAGUCAAGUCACUGGGCACGGCUAAUGACAUCCAGCCGCAAAAACACGUGACCAGUUGGACUCGCUAUCAUUGUCAGGUGGAAGUGGAGAAGAAAUGGAUUGAAACAGAAUCACAGAAGCAUUCUGGCUGCAUGACGCAGUGAACUUUUUUUUAAGAACUAAAUGAAACUCAGUGACCGGGGACUUUUUGCUUAAGGUUUGGUGUUGGACUCCUCUAAUUUCACAUAGCUUGGUAGUGUUGCUCAUGAAGGUUAAUUCCUUUAACUAAGACUGAAUGAGUACCUAUAAAUAACUUAACACUUGCACUUUACAUCUAAUAUUUGUAUUCCUUGAAAAAAAAAAAGUGUUAUCUGCACUGCCCUACAGGUUCAUUAGCAACGUGAAUUAAUUAAGCACAUUUUUAUCGGGUUUGCAAAUCAGAGCUUUGAACACUUGAAUUAAUUAUGUUCAUAAUUGUAUGUAAAAAUUUGAUUUCUGCUCUAAGCAUUUCAUUCAUUCCACAUUGUAAGUCAAUUAACUUGCACUAAAUUUGACUGGACAGUGCAUCCAAAGGACACCCAAACCCCUCAUGGAAGAACGAUGUCAACACAGUAACACAAAUGGCUGUUAUUUUUUUAUUUUUUUUAAAAUCUGGACUAUAUCGAUGGAACUGUUAGAAGCCUUUCAAUGACAACCAACAGGACAUUUUGUGCUUUGUUCUAAGUGUGUUUACAUUGACAAUUGGCAAAUAAGGUUUUUAAUUGUCAUGCAUUAUACUACGCCUUUGUGUACAACUGCUGCUACUGCAAAAACUCAAGUAAAACACUCGUCUUA